CUGCUCUUGAAAGUGUUAGCCGCUGGAUGUCAACCAAGGCGACUCGAAUGACAUGAAUUUCUGAAAUAACAUGCACAUUUCCACGGUGGCCGUCGGGAAGUCGGAUAUCUGUGAGAGGAUCUCGGCUUGUCCGCGUCAUGUGUAGCGCGAGCCCAAUGACUUGAAGUUCGCCGGGCAUUAUUUCAUUUCAUUCGGUAUAUGGAGACUCUGCUCUGGAUCGCGCACAGGCUUUGAGAUGAUCCAUUUCUGCGAUGGCGAGGGGUCUGUUUUCACGGGCCUGGCUGUCAAAGACGCACCAUUUUCAGGCUCGCCUGUCCUAUAUUCGAGUGAAGUAUCUCUUUCUCACGUGGCUUGCUGUGUUUGUGAGCAGUUGGGUUGUUUAUGUCCAGUACUCCACGUACACUGAGCUGUGCAGAGGACGAGAAUGCAAGAGCAUCAUUUGUGACAAAUACAGCAAAGGCAUUAUCGAUGGUUCAGCCUGCAGCAGCCUGUGUGAAGAAAGCAAACUGUACUUUGGAAGGUGCCUCUCCACCAAACCAAACAAUCAGGUGUAUACGGGCAGCUGGGGUGACCAGGACGGUGUCAUCAAGUGUCAACUAAGUGACGUCCUGCACUAUGAGCUGGGGGAAGAGCUGGAGCCAAAGAAAGAGAUCACACUCUUCGAAAAGCCCACCCGAGGAACAUCUGUAGAGAAGUUCAAAGAAAUGGUCGCAAGUCAUUUGAAGGCAAAAGUUGGAGAGCAAGCUAACCUGUCCAAUUUGGUUAGCCUAAUUCUUUCAGUGGCCGACAGCAACAAAGAUGGCCACAUCUCUCUCCCGGAGGCCAAGUCUGCCUGGGCUUUAUUACAGCUCAACGAAGUUCUGCUGGCGGUGGUGCUCCAGGGCCGAGAGCACACACCUAAACUGCUGGGCUUCUGCGGGGACCUGUACGUGGUGGAGCGGGUUCCUCAUGCUCCGCUGUUUGGUAUCACCUUGCCCUGGCCUAUGGAUCUGUGGAUCCCCGCGGGAAUGCGGCGAAGCAUGGACCAGUGGUUCACACCGUCCUGGCCCCGCAAGGCCAAAAUCUUCAUCGGCUUGCUGGAACUUAUUGAAGACAUCUUCCAUGGUACCUUUGGGAGCUUCUUAAUGUGCGACAUGAGAGCCAGUUCGUUUGGCUACACCGACCGCCACGACCUCAGGCUAGUGGAUGGCCGGCGUGUAGUAGCCGAGGAGGCCUUCAAACAGGCCAUGAUCCUCCAGCGCUGUAAGGACCACGAGGACUGUGUGUACGGUGCGGACUGUAGGACUUCAUGCGACCUUUCAGAACAGCGUUGCACAGCCGAGGUGGCUCAGCCCAAUCUGGCGCGAGCCUGCGGAGCAAUGAAGGAUUACCUCCUACGAGGAGCUCCGUUCCAUCUGCAGGAAGAGCUAGAGAAGCAACUGUACGCCUGCAUGGCUCUCAAGGGUUCGGCUGAGCAGAUGGAAAUGGAGCACUCACUCAUCCUCAAUAACCUCAAGACCCUGCUGUGGAAACAGAUCUCACACACCACCGACUCCUGAAGAGAAGCCAGGGUGGUCAGGGGUGACCAAACUUGGUCCAGAAGGGCCGGUGUCCUGCAAAUAUUAUUUACAACCCCAAUCAGACUCACCUGGGCUAGCUAAUCAAGCUCUUACUAGGUUUUCUAGAAACAUCCUUGCAGGUGUGUUGAGGCAAGUUGGAGCUGAAGUUUGCAGAACACCGCUCCUCCAGGACCAAGUUUGGGCACCCCUGAUUUAGAUUCUUGAAUGUCUUCUGAAGCACUUGAGGCCAUUUUCAAGAUGGCUGCUGGAAGGUAAAGUUGCCAGAAAUAAAGGUUUUCUUUCUUGAUUAGGGGGGGAAACGUCAAAUUGUGAGGAAUUAUUUCUCAGGCUCAACGUUGAAGUUCACGUUUCCGUUUCAUGCUUUGUCGUCAUACACAAGUGAUCGAUGAUCAUGUUUAUUCUACACUUCCUUCAGAUGUUAUGAAGGAGCAAGUAAUGCUAACUUUGCAUCCGUUGUUGGAUGCUAGCGUAGAAAGUGAAGGAAUGCACUCACCACUGAGUGUGGUUGUGUAAGUCUCGUAUUGUAACGUUUGUCACACAUGAGCACAGCAAAAAGAGCCAUAAAAGAGCCAUUGUGAAAUGGAAAUACUAAUGCCUUGAUAUGCAUGUUGCCAGUGAGUGUGUUAUUUUGAGUUCGAUGCUUGUGUGUACUUCUCUUGGGUCAAUUCUCGGAAAUGAUCAAGCCGACCACUUAUGAUCUGAUGGUAGCUUAAAAAAAAAAAGGUUCAAUUUGUUGACAGUAUUAGUUAUUGCAAUAGCUAUCAGCAUUUAUUAAUAUAGGAGAAUGUAAACUAAUGCGUUUUAAUAGUUUGAAACGUCAGUUGUGCCAAACCUGUUUGAGCUUCAUUAUUCUGUCUAACACAAAAUAAUUCAAAGUACAAUUUCAAAUUCAUGCAUUGUUUCCUACCAUGAAUGUAAACUGCGACAAUUACAAACAUUCUUCAAAAUAUUUUCUUUUGUAUUCAACAAAAACAAACUAAAAUGGCUGUUUUUUACCAUUUAAUCUAAAUUAAAAAUGUUGUAAUUAAUAAGAUGCGAUGCCUAUUGCAUUAACCAGUGUAAAUCAAAUUAAUCUUUUUUUUUUUUUUGUGAAAUGUUGAAAUGUUUACAGGAGUCUUGCGAGUAACACUACAACAAUGAAGCCCUACUCAACCAUGAUAGUUCACAGAGUUGAUCAUUAUUUAUUUCUAAUGUUAUUUUAGUAAUUUAGGCAUGUCUAAUAAAUAAAUAACAUUUAGAUUUCAAGCUAAAGCUGUAUGAGAUGUCUACCAUCACAUUAUGAUGUACUAAUGAAUGAAGGAAUUAAGAGGUGCUUUGUUUGUUGAUCAGCCAUUUUCAAUGGGAUGUUUCAGAUUGUUUGUCAAACUGCUUCAAUUUUGUGUACUCAUAAAUCCCACUGCUGCUGACUUUAAAUGGAGAUUUUUAUAAAAGUUGAUUGCAUGACUUUGCACAUUAAAAGUGUUUCUCAAA